AUGUCGUCCACACCAAAGCCGACGUCCAGCGAAAACAUCGUCGCUCAAAAGUUUGACCGCUGCUUGGCGGACCUCAUCGUGAAGUCCGGUGUCGGCUUCAGCGCAGGCGUGAUCGCAUCGGUUAUCCUCUUCCGCCGACGAGCGUGGCCUGUCGCACUCGGCACGGGUCUUGGUGCCGGCGCGGCGUACGCGGACUGCGACCGGUCGUUCAAUCCGGCGAGGAUACCUGGCACGCGCGUUAUUCCCGCCACGGAGGCCAAGAAGGAUUCGGCAUAA